AUGGCACCAAAAUGGAGGAUCGCCAUGGGCUGCGAUGACGCUGGCGUCAGCUACAAAAACACAAUCAAAAAGGACUUUGAAGUCGACGCCCGCGUAGGCGAAGUCAUCGACGUAGGAUCCGACGAAGUUUCCGACAAGACACCUUAUCCUCUCCGGGCAGCCGCCGCCGCUCGCCUCGUCGCCGAGGGCAAAGCUGAUCGCGCGCUGCUCAUCUGCGGUACCGGCCUGGGCGUCGCCAUCUCGGCCAACAAGGUCAAGGGAAUUCGAGCGGUCACGGCACACGACAGCUUCAGUGUCGAGCGCAGCGUCAAGAGCAAUAAUGCACAAGUAUUAUGUAUGGGGGAGCGAGUCGUUGGGUUGGAAGUCGCGAGGAGGCUGGCUACGGAGUGGCUGGACUACGAGUUUGAUCCGUUGAGCGCGAGUGCCAAGAAGGUGGAGGAGAUUGGACAGCUGGAAGUGUAA